UCUAGUUCUCCCUUGAUUACCCGCGUCCUCACCAUAAUGUAACUAACUAAUCCAACAGACACAUCCUCUGUCUCUCUCUUUCACAAUUCACAAAUGCAUGUUUGUGUGUUCCAACAAAAAUGGCCUGAAAAGUGAAGAACCAUGCUUGAGCUAAACAACAUUGGGAACGAAGAAGAAGCAGAUUCACGAUUUGCGAUUUAAUUUCCCUUCGCAAAAAUGGGAUUCAUCAGCGGCAUGAUCGUUGGUAUCGCCAUUGGCAUCGUAUUGAUCGUCGCUUUCGCUCGUCAGGGAAGCGUUCGAUCCAAGCGUCGCUCCGAUUUGGCAAAGACGAUAGCACAGUUUGCGAGGAUGACAGUGGAAGAUUCCAGAAAAAUUUUGCCUCCUAAGUUCUAUCCAUCGUGGGUGGUCUUCACUCGGAGACAGAAGUUAAGUUGGCUUAAUAGCCAAGUCGAGAAGAUUUGGCCAUUCGUUAAUGAGGCAGCUUCAGAGUUGAUAAGAACCAAUGUGGAACCAAUUCUUGAACAAUAUAGGCCGAUUAUUUUGUCUUCUCUCACCUUCUCCAAGUUGACCCUUGGCACUGUGGCUCCACAAUUUACAGGAGUUACAAUUGUUGAAGAGAAUAGUGGGCCUGAGGGGGUGACUAUGGAUCUUGAGAUGCAGUGGGAUGGUAACCCGAACAUCGUUCUUGACAUUAAAACCCGAGUUGGUGUUGUACUUCCUGUACAGGUAAAAAAUAUUGGAUUCACUGGGGUUUUCAGGUUGAUCUUCAAGCCACUAGUGGAUGAGUUCCCUGCUUUUGGAGCUGUUUGUUUUUCCUUGAAAGAAAAGAAAGAUCUGGAUUUUACUCUCAAGGUUAUUGGUGGUGAUUUAUCAACUUUACCGGGGAUAUCUGAUGCUAUAGAGGAAACAAUUAGAGAUGCCAUUGAAGACUCUAUAACUUGGCCAGUACGCAAAGUUAUACCAAUUCUACCCGGGGAUUACAGUAAUCUAGAGUUGAAACCGGUUGGAAAACUAGAAGUAAAACUAGUGCAAGCAAAGAACUUAACAAAUAAAGAUAUAGUUGGGAAAUCCGAUCCUUAUGCUGUCAUAUUUGUACGCCCCCUCCGUGACAGAACCAAAACCAGUAAAAUAAUGAACAACCAGUUGAAUCCAGUAUGGAAUGAGCACUUUGAAUUCAUUAUUGAAGAUGCGUCAACGCAGCACUUGACAGUAAGAAUUUUCGAUGAUGAAGGCGUUCAGGCUUCUGAACUUAUUGGCUGUGCCCAAGUUUCCUUGAAGGAUCUUGAACCUGGUAAAGUCAAGGACGUAUGGCUUAAGCUGGUUAAGGAUUUGGAGGUCCAUAGAGAUAACAAAUACAGGGGUGAGGUGCACUUGGAGCUCUUAUACUGCCCAUUUGGAGUCGAAAGUGCCAUUAGAAACCCUUUUGACCCUGAUUUCUCAUUAACCACGUUCGAGAAGACCCUCAAGAGUGGAACGGGUGACGCAGAGGCUGAAGAUCUUAUAGGGUCACGUAGGAGAAACAACGUGAUUGUAAGAGGGGUUCUAUCUGUGACAGUGAUUUCAGCUGAAGAUUUGCCAGCAGUGGACUUAAUGGGCAAGGCUGAUCCAUUUGUUGUCCUUCUGUUGAAAAAAACAGAAAAAAAACUCAAGACCAGAGUUGUAAAUGAAUCCCUAAACCCUGUUUGGAAUCAAACAUUUGAUUUUGUUGUGGAGGAUGGCUUACACGAAAUGUUAAUUCUUGAAGUCUACGAUCAUGAUACGUUUGGCAAGGAAAAAAUUGGAAGAGUGAUCUUGACACUGACUAAGGUCAUCUUAGAAGGGGAAUACAAUGAAACUUAUCCUCUAGAUGGAGCAAAAUCGGGAAAUAUUUCUUUGCAUUUGAAGUGGACUCCACAGCACAAGUUUCGGGAUCCUUAGAGACCUUUUGUACGUAUUUAUUUUAGUUUAUAUUUUCCUAAUAUUAUUAUUUUGAUAAUUUAGAUUUGGCAAACCUACCGAAACCGAAGCCUCAUAGAAUUCCAGAGAAAAUGAGUAUGGUAUCAACAAACAAAAGCAUUACAUUCCAGUGUAAGUAUAGGAUUUCAUAAUAUAUUACACUAUUUUCCUUCUCUUUAA